AUGGAGCUUAUUGAUACGAUUUUGCUGAAGAAGAUAGUAAAUCUGCAGAUUAAGGAUGAAGAUAGGGAUUAUAUCACAACGGCAUUGGAAUCUUGAGUGGAUAUUGAGGUUGUGGCUUUUGGAAAAGGUCAAAUUAUUGUAGUUUUACAGCUGUGAGGGGGAAUUUUGUAUAUACUCAAAGUUAAUGAGGAUAAUGAAGCUAAUUUGGUUAAGAUCGUUGAAGAAUACGGCUCAAUUGAUGCAAAAGAUUUGGAUAUAAAAUCUAUCAAAUAAAUUUGAUAACAUCCAGAAUAUCUGGAUUUUAACAUCCAAAUCUUUACUGUACUUUAAUCAUCAUUCCGAGAAAAUAUUAGAAGAAUUUAGUAUCAGUGAAAGUAGUCCAGCUUUAUCAGAAUCAGAAUCAAAAGGGAAGACCAAAUUUUGGAUAAUCAAUGAUCAAGAUGAAAAGCAAAAACUAAUAAUUUGAUGAUAUUCUACCCAACAGAUAAAACUCUUCCAGAUUUGAGAUAAGAGUCUAAACCAUCUUCAAACCAUUCCUCUUGAAACUUUUGGUGGGAAGAUGAUUCAGUGCGAACUAAUUUAUAUGAAUACUGAAAGCCAGCCUGGCCAUCUUCUGAUUAUCUCAAUGACUAGCUCAGUGGUUAAGUUAGACUUGGAGACUUAUUCAACAAAGCUUAUAGGAAAGCAAUCCUUAGGUUACGUUUAUGGCUCCACCAUCAUUGAGACACAGCCUAAGAUCUAUAUUACUCGGAACAAUGGGUUCGUAAGUGUAGGAAACUUCGAAGGAGAAAUUAAAACUUCUAAAUAAGUUCCAAAGCAAGACAAAGGAACUAGAACUUGGAAAGUUAUAUACAAGCAGUCCUCACUGAGGCUUUAGUAUUAAUGUUGAAGAUAAUAUUCCUAAAAUUACACUGAUAGACUUGGUAAAUCUGAAGGUUCUUGCAUAUCAGGAAUACGAAGAAUUUAAGGGCGACAGUAAUAUCAAGGUCAGGUCUAUUUCAAGUGAGCCUAACCAUACAGAAUCUGUCUUAAUAUUUACCUCGAACAGGAUCCAGAAAGUUGACCUACAGACUGUCCUGGAUAGAUAUGAAGAGUACAUCCAAACAUUAAAAUACAAGAGAUGAAUGAAGUUUAUUCUUAAAUAUCCUAGUCUACACUCCCUCAAGAUAUUAAGCAAGUUUAUGAAGAUUAUCUAUAAAACCCCAGGGAGCACUCUUGUGCCUGAAGUAGAAGCAGAGUCUGCUACAUAUGAAAAGGUCAAGAAAAUACUCUUGUCUCUUGAAAGCACAGAUGUGAAAUCAGCCGAGGUAGAGGAAGAAGAAGAGUGGAUCGAUUUAGAGAAUGAUAACAAUCCUUCGUAUAUUCCAGACUCACCUGCAAAGUUAUCCCAGAGCGAUAUCUUGGAUGUAGUAGAAAUAACAACAAUGAAUAAGUUUAUGAAAGAGAUUAUUCAUAAGCAUAAGAGUUAUUUUGUGAAUGCAAAGAGGCCUCACACUGAAGCUUUGUGAAAAAUACCAUCAAGACAAAGAGCCCAAGAUUGAGUUUAUGAAUACAACGAAGCUGUACUUGUCUAUGAGUAUUUUAAGAGUGUCUUAAGAUCGAAGCUCAUGCAAAACCGAAGAGGGAUCCUUAUUGAUAGAAAAACAGCGAUGAUUUUGAUGAGCUUAAUGAAGUAAUCUACA